AUGAUGCCACUACAACUGAUUCGUCGUCUGUCAUUCAGACAUCGUAGGAAUCAUGAGAAUGCAGAGAAGAAUGCUACCGCUACAAUGCGCAAAGCGUCGUCGUGUAAAGGAUUGGGACGUGGUGGAGAGAAGGGGACAGGGCAUGUGGAGGACAAACCCCGCCUACCGGACGACUUACUCCUGCGCAUUGUCGAUCAAUGCGAUGCCAUCGAACAAAUCCGACUGAGAGCCGUCAACAAAGCGGUGAAGAAUCAUGUCGAUAGGAACAUUAAGAAGAUCACCCACCUCAGUGUCGAGAAACGCGAUAUCGACACGGCAUCGGGUAGAGGUUGGUCACGACAUCGACACGCUCAAGUGUCGUUGAAGAUGCGUCACAAUACAGCAAAAAUCGUGGUCGAUUCAAGGUAA